UUCCUCCGAGCUUUUAUUGAUAACAAUCGUACAUGAAAGCAGCACGAGUCAGCCUUUUGACACUUGGAGGCUGCUUCAAGCUAAGAGCUCAGCAUGUCUGAGAAAGAGUUGGGACAGAAGUGGGACCGAUGCCUUGCGGAUGGCGUCAUUAAGCUUGGCACAGGUCUGGGCUUGGGAAUUGUGUUCUCUGUCGUCUUCUUCAAACGGCGCACAUGGCCUAUUACGCUUGGCUCAGGGAUGGGCCUUGGCAUGGCAUACGCCAACUGUCAGACUGACCUGAGGUUACAUUAUUUGUUGCCUAAAAAGGACCAGUAGUCUCAAGUCACCAAAGGAUUGUUUUUUUUAACAUCUUUUGUUUUCCUUCUGUGGGAGUCACCAUUGGCAACGUCUUCCCAUUAUAGACACACAUGUCUGCUCGUUGGAAGACCCUCUUCGAGUGUGGCUCUUUGUAUGCUUGAUCAGGACCGUCUGUGUUUAUGUAUUAAAAUCAGUAUGAAAACCA